AUGCUCUCACUGAUCUUGCUGGCGGCGGCUGCUACUGUCAAUGCUAUUCCCACCAUAACAACAAAGGGAUCCAAGUUCUUCACGAGCGAUGGCGAUCAGUACUUUUUGAAGGGUAUCGCUUACCAGCUUGUACCCGACGAUCCUCUCAUUGACAACACUCAAUGCUCUCUCGAUGCUGCUCUUAUGAAGGAUAUUGGAGCUAAUGCUAUUCGUGUGUACCAUGUCGAUCCUAGUGGUAACCACGACGAUUGUAUGCGCACCUUUGCCGAUGCUGGUAUCUACUUAUGGUUAGAUUUGGAUACUUUUGAUACACAGAUCGAGCAGACUGCUCCAAGGUGGAACACGACCCAAAAAGAGGCCUUUCAAGACGUCCUCGAUGCCUUCAUCCAGUACGAUAAUUUAGGAGGCGUCUUUGUUGGCAACGAGGUUCUCACCACUGGAACUGGAUCUGUGGCUGCGCCCUAUGUGAAGGCUGCCGCGCGCGAUCUCAAGGCGUACCGCAACUCCAAGAACUACCGCAAAGUUCCAAUCGGCUAUUCAGCUGCCGAUAUUGCAAGUCUCCGCCCCAUGCUACAGAACUACCUAGUUUGUGGUGAUAAUGCAGACGAAUCUCUGGACUUCUUCGCCUUGAACGCUUACGAAUGGUGCGGAGACGCAACCUAUGAAACUUCUGGAUAUGAAAUCUUGAACGACAUGGUCAAGGACUUUCCUGUUCCCAUCUACUUUUCGGAAACUGGCUGCAUCGUGCCCAAGCCGCGCACAUUUGACGACCAAGCGGCGAUUCUUGGAGACAAGAUGAACCAGUACUGGUCUGGAGCUAUCAUAUACGAGUGGAUUAUGGAGGCAAAUGAUUACGGCCUAAUCAGCUACGGCGCAAAGGUCGACCCUGCUUCUAAUAACGCACCACCAGACGGAUUUCCUCGCUCUGGCACCCCGACGCCCCUGUCCCCUGACUUUCCUAACUUGUCCAGGCACUGGGCAACACUAAAUCCCACAGGUAUCAAGGAAUCAGCAUACUCGCCUUCACUCACAGCUCCCCCGUGCCCUGCCUCUACUGCAGGCACAUGGGAGAUCGACGGCGAUGUCGACCUGCCUUCUGUUGGCCAGGUCUAUGCUCCGACGAGCACCUCUGGUCGCAGCAGCCCGAGCGCAAGUAUGCAUCGCUCCUUUUCUUCGUCUACUGCGUUGGAUACAGCUUCAGUUAUAUCCCCGUCCACUGCUUUUGCGUCUGCUUCUGUUUCUGCUUCAGCCAAUCCCAACGAUCAAGGCAAUUUUAAUGCGGAAUCAGGCAAUACUGGCGCCGAGCCCUCUGCAUCCGAGACACAGACUGGCGGUGGCGUUGCUGCGACUUCUGGAAAUGAGGUCAGGAACAUGGCAAUCUCGCUCAUCACAAUAACAAUGGGUUUAUUCUGGUGGAUGUAA